AUGAGCUUCACCGAUUUCCUCAAGCUCUUCCCAGACAAGACGUUUCCGAAAGACCUUGUUCAGAGAAGCAUCCAAUUUCUUCUUUUUGCUGUUGUCUUUUUGCACAGGAGUGAAGUUGUGCAUACAGAUAUCUUCUCCAACAAUCUCCUCCAGGGCAUCCACGAUGAUUCUAUCCUGGAACAACUCGAACAGGAAGAAAUCGAUCAUCCAAGCGCGAGGAAAAGCCUGGAAAAUGAUCGUGCCAUAUAUACCUCUCGACCCAUGCCAAUAUGCACUGGGUUUCCCGUGCUCUGCGAUCUUGGGGAGGCGCGGAUUGGCAGCAGUAAGCAUCGAGGGGAUAUCAUGCCCGGGAUAUACCGGGCACCAGAGGUUAUCCUGGGCAUGGAAUGGGACUGCAAAGUUGAUAUUUGGUCCAUUGGUCUAAUGACAUGGGACAUAUUCGAGGGCGGACGACUAUUCAUUGCCAGGAAGGACGGCAUAUUAAACGACGAGCAACAUUUAGCAGAAAUUGUAUCAUUGUUGGGUCAUCCGCCUCCGGAAUUUAUCAGGGGAAAUUCCAAAUGUCUCGAGUACUGGGAUGAAGAAGGAAACUGGCAGGGCUCCAUACCCAUCCCGGAUCAAUCUUUCGAAACACGCGAGUGGCGACUGAACGAAGAGGAUCGCGCUCUAUUUUUGAAAUACCUCCGAAGGAUAUUACGCUGGAAGUCGGAGGAGAGGCCAACGGCUGAGGAACUCGCUUUUGAUGACUUUCUCAUGCAACCGCUCGUGGAAUCCCGUGCGCGUGCUGCGGGGAAUUAG